UUAUUAAUAUUAUUUAAUUGCCCUUAAUGAAACAUGCAAUGUUAGUGAAUGAAAGGGCAGGCUAAGGUAAUUAUGACAAUAGGAUCCUGCUUUAAUAGUAUAGAUCAUUUACACUUCUUUAGUUCAGCUUGUAACUAUUUUCUCUCUUCCUCGGUUUCUCCUCUCAAAAUGAAGAGCUUUGAUACGGUGGAAUCCGGUGACGCCACCGGGAAUAACUUCGACGAUGAUGGUCGGGAGAAGAGAACGGGGACGUUGAUGACGGCGAGUGCGCACAUAAUCACGGCGGUGGUAGGCUCAGGAGUGUUGUCGUUGGCUUGGGCUAUAGCACAACUUGGUUGGGUGGCAGGAAUAGUGAUUCUUGUAACUUUUGCCGUCAUCAAUUACUACACAUCCACUAUGCUCGCUGAUUGUUAUCGGUCGGACACCGGAACACGCAAUUGUACUUACAUGGACGUCGUCCGAGCUUACCUUGGUGGUAGGAAAGUGCAGUUAUGUGGACUGGCACAAUACGGGUGUUUCAUAGGGGUCACUAUUGGUUACACCAUCACUGCAUCCAUAAGCUUAGUAGCGAUUGGGAAAGCAAAUUGUUUUCAUGACAAAGGACAUGGGGAGAAAUGUUCCAUGCCAAAUUAUCCAUUCAUGGCGGUCUUCGGGAUCGUGGAGAUUAUUCUUAGUCAGAUUCCUAGCUUUCACAAGCUCUCUUUUCUCUCCAUUAUCGCCACCGUUAUGUCCUUUUCUUAUGCGUCUAUCGGAAUUGGUUUAGCCAUGGCCGUUGUGGCAAGUGGGAAGGUUGGCAAGACGGGGGCUACGGGCACAGUGGUUGGAGUGGAGGUAACUGCCUCUGACAAAAUAUGGAAGUCUUUUCAAGCGACUGGAGACAUUGCUUUUUCAUACGCUUAUUCCAGUAUUCUCGUUGAGAUUCAGGAUACAUUGAGAUCAAGCCCGCCAGAGAACAAAGUCAUGAAGAAAGCAAGCCUUGCCGGAGUCUCAACUACAACUUUUUUCUACAUGUUAUGUGGCUGCAUUGGAUACGCCGCAUUUGGAAACAAAGCCCCUGGAGACUUCCUUACCGACUUUUUUUAUGAACCUUACUGGCUCAUCGAUUUUGCCAAUGCUUGCAUUGUCCUCCACCUAAUAGCAGCCUAUCAGGUGUUUGCACAACCAAUAUUCCAAUUUGUUGAGAACAAAUGCAACAAAGCAUGGCCAGAAAGCAAUUUCAUCACCAAAGAACAUUCGAUGAACAUACUAUUCCUCGGAAAAUGUCGCAUCAGCUUCUUCAGACUGGUGUGGAGGACAGCUUAUGUGAUUUUCACAACAGUUGUAGCAAUGAUAUUCCCCUUCUUUAACGCGAUCUUGGGUCUUAUCGGGGCAGCCGCAUUCUGGCCGCUAACAGUUUACUUCCCGGUGGAGAUGCACAUCUCGCAGAGAAAGAUUAAGAAGCAUUCUAUGAGAUGGAUAGGGUUGAAACUCCUUGUAUUGGUUUGUUUGAUUGUUACCCUCCUAGCCGCAAUAGGAUCCAUCGUCGGCUUGAUAAAAAGUGUCAAGGCAUACAAGCAUUUCCACAGUUAAGAUUAGUUACUUGUAACCUAAGCUAUCUGAAAUUUGUGGUGACUACUUCGUUCAAGACAAAACAGUUGGUAGUAACUACCGCUACAUAUUGUUGUGCAUGUCUGUCUUGUGUAUCUUAUAUAGUUAACGGCGUUGACUUGCACGCUUGCUUAUCCGGUUUAUAGAACAUUGGUAUUAUGGCCUUAUGGGAGCAGAUUUACUUUGAAGUGUUCAAAGAAACAUUCAUAUUGUAAUGUUUUUAUCAAAAAUUUCAAUCCUAUAUUGGAACUAAUAAGUGUUUCAAAAAAAAUAUUGAAACUAAUAUUUUGUAUUGUUCCAUUAGAUUGAAAAAAAGAAGCAAAAGUGUAAUAGAAAACAAAAAUUUGGAAAAAAGGAGGAAAAUUUAAGGUCUAAGUCAAUAGCCUACACAUGACAAAAAAGGAGGAGAGUAUGAAACCAAAGGAUCUAGACCUUAGAGCAUCUUUAACCGUGUCUCUUAGCCCGUCUCUUAGUGUUAUUAAGUUAAAAAAAAAAAGAAAAAAUGCAAUUAUCUUUAGGGACGUCUCUUAAUCAAGAGACAUAAGAGACGCCUCUUGUAGACAGACGUCACUUUCUCUUGCUUCCUGUUGAAUCUCUCGUCCCCUUCCCAGAAUCAGAUGAAUUUGUCUCCUCUCUUCCUCACUUUUGAUUGAUAAUACUCAUGAGUGGAAGUUCAAGCAGGGAGGCCCUUUGUGGCAUUGUAGGUUUCAAUUGAAUCAAUGCUCUCUCUGAUGCUUUCCUUGAAUCAAUAGAGAGGAGGAGGGAAGGAUAACGGAAUUGAAACCCAGUGGACCAGUGGCGUUAACAGCGGAGGAAUAAGCCGUUUCCUUGAAUCAGUCUCUCUCUCUCUCUCUAUCUGAAACUAUUAAGCAUGCCAUCAGAUCCCAGAAUCGUGUCAUUGUUGAAGGAAAUAAUCUGGUGAGUCAGUCUUUUGAAUCAUUGUGUGUUCUGUAUGUAUAUAUUGUUUGCUCAGUUUUUGCGUUGAAAGAAUGAGUUGUUAAAGUUUUCGUUUUGGUUAAUACUUCUCGGCUCAGGUUUGUAUUGGAGACUUUGAUUGAUUCCUACUUCUACAACACUUGGUCCCUCAUUUGUCGGCUGCGAGAGGUGGGCGGAUACUUCUUCAUCUCGUGAAGAACAUCCUCCUAACAUAGACAAACGCUCGCUUCAAAAUCUGCUCUUCUUUCUCCAUGUUCCUCGAACUGGAGGCAGGACUUCUUUUCACUGGUGAUGAUCUCUCUCUCUUACCAAAAGUUUUUUUUAUGAGUUAAUUGAUUUUUUUUAUUCGAUUAAUGCUUUGUUUUUGGUAGUUUCUUGAGGAAGUUUCCUGAGUUUGCUGAGUUUCUGAUGCAGCAACGGCAGUGGCGUAUUGGAAUUACUUCAUACGGCUAGAGAUGAAGCUGAGUAUGUUGUGUUGCGCUGUAUCACAUGGUUUUUUCUCACAGUGGUUGCAAACUCAAAGAGGGAUUGUCUGGUUGAUCUUGCUUUCUUGUUGUCACUUCAGAACGAGCUGUGGAGUGAGAACCAUUUGGUUGUGCAAUUGAUUCUACUCUUUUGGUACCCUGCAAGUGUUGAAGAGGAAGAUUAUUUUGCUGUGUGGCAUUGCUGGAAAUACAGAGAGUUACAAGCAGCACGUUGUGGCAGUAUUCAGGGCCAGUGUGCCUAUGAACAGAGAGGAUUAAAAGGCUGGUUUCUGUGUACAUGUUCCUCAUUUACGCAUCUCCUGUAGGAGAUUACCUUGAGAUAACAAUGUUUUUUUUUAAGAACUUCAAAAUAAGAGACUACCAUUGGAGACCCAAAA